AUGGAGUCUCAUGGUGAUUCAUAUCAAGGAGAUAGUCGUACUAUUCAUGAAAUAGGACGCGAACUUGGUUUAACUGACAAUAUGAUUCAAUAUGUGCAACGUGAUACCGACAAGCCCGAUAAGGUUGCUAUGAACAUUUGGAGGAAGUUAUGUCCAACAAUUGAAGAUAAAGUAUUUGUGCGAUCGAUAAAGAGAGUUCCAACAUCUACACUUGAUAAUAUAUACGCAUUUGCUCGUCUGUCUCAUCCAAAAAGUAGUUUAGAUUAUAAAAAAAUGCGAAACGACAUAGCUGCUAAUAUCAGACAAGGCAAUUUAUCUCAUCGAACACAUGGAGCUUUACUGAUGAAUCAAAAUUAUAAUGAAGAAAAUGAUGCUGAUAAUGAUGAUAAUGAUGGAGAAAAUAAUUCUGAUAAUGAUGAUGACGAUGAAGAAAAUGAAUCGAAUAGUCAUGCGAACGAUUUCCAAUCACGUAGACGAACAAGCGAAGUAGUUGAUGAUUCAAGUAACGACGAAGAAGAAUAA